UUCGGCCGUGUUUCUGAGUCGGCGGAACACUGACAAAGCGAUUUAAAGGGAAUCUCGCACGUUGCAUAAAGUUCCAAAAGCAAAACCAAGCUAGUUAUUCACCCCAAUUUGAUUGCGGUCGCUUCGCGAUCUUUGACAUUGAAAUGGUCAGGAGAAUACAGACUUCAUACCUUGCUUUCUUCUUGCUGCUUAUCGGGGCUCUUUUCCAGAUAAGUGCUUUCACCAUAUCGAUACUGGCUUCCAAACCGGAAAAUGGUUUUCGGAACUUCCUGAGGGAGGCCAGUCCCUUCGACUUAGGGCCACCAUCGCCCAAGGACCUUUCAUCAUCCUUAAUUUCUCAACUCGCAGUAAUAGCGCUAAGGCUUCGAUUGGCCGAGCAGAUCGAUGUCUCUUGCGACGUAGUGGCGAACGAAGAAAUAUUACAAGGUCGCAUCGGACCGGUGACGGUCAAAGGACGUGGCUGGCGAUCGAGUCUAGGCCUUACGUGCAUGGCGAUCGAUGCGUCCGUCGAAAGCUGCGAACUCGAUAUUUCCCGUGUCCUAAGUAAUCGGAAACUGGUUCUGACGAACCCCGCCAAAGGCAAAGCUAUGGUGGCCUUGACGAGCGCAGAUUUCGGUAAUUUCAUCACUCACCCACGCAUGAAACCUCCUGAACUGCCACAGUCCUCAUCAGAAUCCAAAAACAGGACGGGAAUCCAAUUUCUGCAGGAGGAUGCCAGGGUAGAUCCACUCACUUCGUCUGUCACAUUUUUCGCUAUGCAUCUGGGAACCAAGUACCGAUGCAGUUUGCGGCGAAACGCGACUGCAGAAAGAAAGGCGGAUGUCGCAAUGGAGGCCGUUUCCUCCGGAGAUAAUUCUAGCGAGACUGCUGAAGAGCUGACCAAGGUUCUCUCCAACUUUUUCAACAAUAUGGUGUUUGAACUAGAUGGCACCUUCUUGUCAUUUCGUGAUAUGAUGGUCACUGACAAAGGCGAGAGCCCAAGUGUGAUGCUGUCUUUGAACAUAGUGGUAAAAAAAUUUCCUUCUCCCGGCCUCGAGUUUUAG